CUGGCGGGCGCGGGUUGACGCGUUACGGGUGUCCGGUCCGGCGGCGAUCGGCGGCGCACAGUGCUGUCCAUACACAGAGAGAACUGCUCAGAGAGACAUGGCCGCGUACAGGAUGCCGCUGAGUCUGCUGAGCCUGACCUGUCUGCUGACGGCGGCGGCGGCGCGGCCCCAGUUCAGCCCCGCCUCCAGCUACAGCUACCGGUUCGCCGGUCCCGAGCAGACCAAGGAGGAGUCGCGCGACGCGCUGGGCAACAUCCAGGGCUCGUACAGCGUCACCUACCCGGACGGCGGUGGCACGUUGACCUACAGCUACUCGCACCGCGCCGCGCCGCCCGCCUUCCGCACCCUGUCCGACGGACCGCUCGGCCCGGCCGGCACCGUCGUCGCCAUCGGCAAGAACUCGAAGGAUAACGCCUUCCUGAUCGAGAUGCUGCAGAACCGUAUCGAGUCGCGUGACCCACCCAAGGUCACUGAGACGGACGCCGUCAUCAUCGAGGCCCUGCCGCUGGAGCCGGAGCGUCCGGUGACGUCUGUGCGGUUCCAGGCGGCGCCGCGGCCCGGUCCAAACACUGCCAGCAGCGGCGACGACGGCCGCCCCAACGAGAUCCGCACCGGGGGUCGGCCGCUGACCCGCGGCAGCGCCGGCUUCACCAACAGCAAGGAGUCGGCGUUCCUCGGCGAGAUCCGCGAGGAGAGCCUGGCCAACGAGGUGCUGGGCGGCAGGAACCCGCCGCUGGUCACCGAUGAGGCCGUCAUAGUGGAGGCGCUGCCCCAGGACGCCGAGCGCGGCAUCUAGACAACCCGCGGUCCAUCGAGGGUCAUUGAGGUGUGAGAUGGGCCUCCGUGGGCCUUCGUGGGCCUCUGUGGGGGUCUUUGAGCCUCCAUUCCCAGUGUAGGUCUCCGUGGGCCUCCGUGGGCCAGCGGGGACGGACUAGUCGAGCGGAUGUAAGCCGAGCCAGUUACCAGGCCCGCGAGGGCCUAUUAUAUCGAGUGGAACGCGGUGUACUUACGUCUCUAAGGUGGGCAUGACCCGGGGAGCGUUGCUGAACGAUAUACGCGACCGAAACGAACGAUUCACUUACCCUACGGUCAGAGCAAGCGUAGUGGGAAGCCAUCUGCUAAAGAAAAUGACGCGCGAUGGCACAUGACAUUAGUUUCGAGGGUUGGUAUGCGAUCUAGAACAUGAAGUGAAAGUGUGUGAAUGAUUUGUGGAGAAAUGAACUUGAUUGAGGCUUACUAUAUAUAAGACGUCGCAUGUUACCAAUAAAUUGUUUUACAACUGCAUUCAACUAAUAACAAUAAUGUUUUUUUUUUUGGCAUAACAUAGAUAAUUGAUGCCUUCUGCUUUUACCAGUAAUUCACUGCAAAUCCAUCGUCCCGAUAUUGAAAGAAAUUGUGAAUAUGUUUCACUUUGCUUAUCGUCACAUUGCGCCAUCCCUUGGCUAUCAGUUCAUCGCUUUACUAAGUUGCCAAGUCCAGUGAGUUACCCAUCCACACUGAGUUACCAACAAUCACUCGAACAAAGUGGACUGUUAGGCAGGACAUCGCCAGUUGUGAGGCCAUCCUCAAGGGCAUAGCUUGUAGGUACAGUCCACAGCAGAAGUAAUGUGUGGUUUCAGUCAUGGGUAUGUUCUGCUUCUGAAGCCUAGGAACGAUUAGCCAGACUGCAACGAGACUUUAAAUGUAGCUUACAUGUAUCUUCACCCUUGCAGCUACAACCUUAUCCAUUGACGUCUUCUUUUCAAUCAGUCCGCAUUUAAAAAUCGUCGGUCAAAGCCAUCCGUUGAGAUUGGUAAAACCACACAUUACUUUAGCGGUGGGCUGUACAUCACCUUAUUAUGCGCUAAUUAAGGUUUUAAAUGAAUGCAUCUUGGUUGAAUCACAAUGAUGUUUAUAGUUAAUAAGUAAAGUUAGGUCUUCAUCUAUUUCAACGAUAGGAGCCAAGCGUUUCACAAAGACAAUUUGAUAUUAUUCAUUCAUUUCAUUUCAACUAAUACCAUUAUACCGGGUGGCCCAAAAAAAACGUUCCGAACUUUGGAGGCCUAUUUCUCAAAUUUGAGUGCAAAUAACGAGCCAAAAUUCUCAUCAAUUUUGCGUCACUUCUUUGCGCCUUGGUAUGCCAAGUUAUAACACUCUAUCAUCAUUUUCAAGCUAGCAAUCUUAUGUUGAAUUAAGUAAGACGUUUUUGCUUUUUUUGCCGAUGUUGGACGGUAGUGAUGAUUGGCUUUGACGUACCAUGUUAGGAAAAAAUUGAAAAAUGGAACACGUGAAUGAAACCAGCACGUGUGUUAUUAUUUUAAAUAUUUUUGUUCCACUUAUGUGCCGAAUAUUCAAAUACUGAGCCAAAAUGGUGUUAAUGGAUGCCAUUCGUUUCAACACUGAGUCCUGUUUCGAGCAGAAGGAGUGGCGCAGUGCAUGGGUUACUGCUGAUUGCCCUCCCUUCAAGAAGAUCAAACAGUAAAUCGACCGAAUAAGGGCUAGAGGGAAUGUGCCACCCUAAGGCCUGAACCAUCAGUGAGGCUAGCCAGUAGCAGUCAUGGCUGCAGGCCGUGAUACCGAGAUGGAAGUGGCCCGUUCACUCACAUUUUUUUUAGUAAGCAUCUGAGCAAAAAAGUAAUUUUUACAUGGCAUGUUAGAAACACGAACCGUUUAAAAAGUAGUUGCCCGAAUAACAUAAAAAUAAUACAAUUUACUGAAAAUAUAUGCCGCAUUGACCAUUAAAAGUUUCAAUGUUGUGUCUUUAUCACUUUCUGAGAAAUGUUGAUUUAAAGUUGGGAACGUUUUUUCUGGGCCACCCGGUAUGAGUACUGCUCUUCAGAUUUGAUGCAAUUUUCGUUUAACCACCGACCUAUCUUUCAUCGUUAUGCGAUGUAUCAUCUGUUCUCGUGUUUCGAAUUUUGGGCAUGUCGUGUUAGUGCCUGAGAAAUAUACGUAUGUCGCAUGUAAACGCUGGAAAUACGUUCAUGCUUUAGGGAUAUGACUGUCACUGUAGUAGUUGCUGCAAUAAAAGGAAAUCGUAACAA